ACUCCGUGCAAGUCAUGAGUGCUAGAGGGAUGGGGUGCAGGACAGUGUGUCCGCUAAUCACUAUUUUAUUACUAUUUGCGACAUGGAAUUGUGUUCAUAUGUUGGAUAGUGGUAUGCUAUUUCCUCGAGAGUCCUCUUCGCGUGAGAUAAGAGAGAUAAACGGCCUGUGGAACUUCAGAGCCGAUUUUUCACUCAACAGGAACUUAGGCUUUGAGCAGGCAUGGUACAAAAGUCGCCUGGCAGAGACUGGCCCUGUGAUUGACAUGCCUGUCCCUGCCAGUUAUAAUGACAUCACUCAGGACUACAGGCUGAGGGACUUUGUGGGGUGGGUGUGGUAUGAGCGAGAGGUGGUGGUUCCUCAGCGCUGGCUUGCUGACGAGGGAACCAGAGUAGUGCUCAGGGUGGGAAGUGCACACUACUACUCAGUUGUCUGGGUCAAUGGGGUGAAAGUGACGGAACAUGAGGGAGGUCAUCUUCCCUUUGAGGCAGAGAUCAGUGAUGUGGUCCGUAAGGAGGGAGGUGUGCCCUGUAGGAUCACCAUCGCUGUCAACAACACCCUGACCCUCCAGACCCUCCCUCCAGGGACCAUCCAACACAUGGACGACCGUUCCAAGUAUCCUGCUGGCUACUUUGUGCAGAGCACAAACUUUGACUUUUUUAACUACGCUGGACUUCAUCGCCCUGUGCUGCUGUACACCACACCCAAGGUGUACGUAGAUGACAUCACGGUGCUGACUAGCUUCUCGGACAACAUUGGUCUGGUCAGCUAUAAGGUGUCAGUCCUGGGAAGUACCAACCCCACAGUGAAGGUCACUCUUUCAGACAAAAAUGGCCUCUGUGUGGCCUCCUCGACUGGAACGUCUGGUGUCCUCAAAGUGGUUGAUGUCAGUCUAUGGUGGCCAUAUCUAAUGCAUGAGAAUCCAGGCUACUUGUAUUCUAUGGAGGUUCACAUGACCACUGCUGGUGAGGGUCCUGUACACAACGACGUGUACGCUCUUCCUGUUGGCAUCCGCACUGUGCAGGUCACCAGCACACAGUUCCUCAUAAACGGCAAGCCCUUCUAUUUCCAUGGAGUGAACAAACACGAGGACUCUGAUAUUCGAGGUAAGGGUCUGGACUGGGCCCUGAUAGUGAAGGACUUUAACCUGCUCAAGUGGCUGGGGGCCAACUCGUUCCGCACCAGUCACUACCCCUACGCUGAGGAGAUCAUGCAGAUGUGCGACCGCCACGGCAUCGUAGUGAUCGACGAGUGCCCUGGGGUGGGCAUCAAGGACAUUCGUAGCUUUGGAAACGCCUCCCUGGCUCACCACCUGGUGGUCAUGGAGGAGCUGGUGAGGAGGGACAAGAACCACGCCUCCGUGGUCAUGUGGUCCGUAGCCAACGAGCCUGCUGCAGAGAUGCCCCCUGCUGGACAGUAUUUCAAGACUGUGAUAGCUCAUACCAAGUCUCUGGACCAGACUCGACCCGUCACCUUUGUUUCAUCCAGUGACUAUGCCAGGGACAAAGGGGCUCCAUAUGUGGAUGUCAUCUGUGUGAACAGCUACUUCUCGUGGUACCACGACCCUGGUCACUUUGAGGUCAUCCCCAUCCAACUCAAGACCCAGUUUGAGAACUGGUACGGGAAGUACCAGAAACCCAUCAUCCAGAGUGAAUACGGUGCCGACGCGGUUCCAGGUCUUCACACGGACCCUCCUAUGAUGUUCACUGAGGAAUACCAGAAGGCCGUUUUGCAGAGAUACCAUGACGUGUUCGACCAGAAGAGGAAGGAGUAUGUCAUAGGAGAACUCAUCUGGAAUUUCGCUGACUUCAUGACAGCACAAACGAUCACCCGCGUCGUGGGGAACAAGAAGGGAAUCUUCAGCCGCCAGAGACAGCCUAAAGCUGGGGCCUUCCUGCUGAAGGAGAGGUACUGGAGGCUGGCCAACGAGACCGGGCUGCUUCCUUACUGGACCCGGUACCCCUGUCUGCUCUGACCCCCGGGAGCUUGGGACUAGGACAGAACAUGACACAAUCAGCACAGGCUGCCUGUAAGCGUACACUGCACACAAUGUCAUUAGAGACGGGUUUAAGGUUCAAGAAGGUGAAUGUAUCAAAUGCUGUUCUAAAUCAUUGUUAAGUGGAAUGUUCUGGUUGGAAGAACAACAUUUUUCAGUAUAACAUUCAAUAUGCAUACUUAUUUAACAAUGUACUUUUUUCAUCCUGGUGUUUAUCAUCACCGUGUAUAGUAUAUAAAUGGCAGAUUUUUGGUUGGCCUCUGUGCGAAUUCAGUAUCUGUAAAUGACCAGGUUAUCUUCUUUCUGACGUUUAGAAUGUUUGACCAACACUAUGUAUUCCCUUGUUUACAACAAGACCAAGUCAGAGCCUUGUAAUUGUUGUUUUUGUGUGUAGGGCAUUGUCAUUCCCAACAUCCCAUUGGUUUUCAUCAUGCCCUUAAGGAACAUUAUUUUAAUUCAAGUGAUAAUUUAAAACUUGUUCUUUAUCGGUCAUCGGCAGGGUACUUGUUUGUUGCAUUUCACAGUUUAUUUCAUAGGGGUGGGAAUCUUUUGGUACCUCGCGAUUCAAAUCGAUUCUUGGGGUCACGAUUCGAUUAAAAAUCGAUUCACGUUUUUUUAAAUCAAAUUUCGAUUAAAUAUAUGCUUACAUACAAAAUAAUAAAAAAUAAAUAAAUAGAAAAUCCAUUUUUAAAAUUUGUGAAUCGCUAGAAGACUGAAUCGCGAUUCAUAUGGGAAUCGAUUUUUCCCCCCACCCCUACUAGGUAGUGUGCUAGUAUGGAUGUGGAGACCUUAAGGGAGCCCAGCCUCUUGUUGGGGGAAGAGCACAUUGUCUUACUGCUAGCCUGGCUGAUACAUAUGAAGACCGUUCAUGAAAGGCCUGUCUAAACAUCGUCUACAGACUUUAUUCACAAACCCCGAUAUUGAAUAUUGAAGGGAUGGUUUAAAUAACGCUGUUACAUUGUGGCGUGGCGAUGGUUUCCUUUCCAUAGGGAAAACACACACCACACACACACAACAUAUAUUACUUAACUGAUAUCAGUUACAUGAAUUAUCAACUGGUUUGAGCAAGAUUUGAACCAGGGGUACCGUGUUUGGCAAUAGACUUGAUGGUAAGCAUGCUUACCCACUGAGCCACAGAGAGGGUUCCUGUAAAGUUGCUUUCUACAAGACAGUGUAAUUGCCCGUAUGACAUUUUGAUUCAAUAUAUGCUUGUCUUUCACGUUUCCAUCCUUUUACAAAUACAGUAUUGUUAUUUCAUGUAAAAAUGCUGUCUUGAUACGGAACAAGCCUAUGUUUUUAUAGAAUUGUGACUUUUGAAUUGCGUUUGCACAAAAACCAUCAAUUAAAUAUAUUUUAAACAUUA